AUGGAUAAAAGAAAGACUGCCAAACAUGGCUUACCACAAAAGAAACCAAAGCCGAAGUUUGUUUACAAACCUAAGCAAAGCACGGCUGGUGCUAGUACUUCGGGAACAAAAAACCAAGGGGACGUAAAAGAAGCUGAACCGGUAGUGAGUUUACAUAACAAAUACGAUAUGCUAGGAGAGGGUGGGUCCAAUUCAGGUAAUCUAAAUGGCCAGAGCUCUUCAGAGCUGGGAAACAAUGCAGUGGAUGGAAGAAGUAAAGAGGAUAAGAAUCCAAAUAAUCAGAAGUCGAACUUGGAGGGGGAUGAAGAAUUAAUAGACCCAUGUCAGCCGGAAAUUUCAUCCUUCAUGUCAGCAAACAAGAAGAAGGGCAAUUCUGAGGGGGCAAGCACUCCCGGUGAUACGGAAUCUCAUGUGGAGGUGUCAAAGCUUUCUAAGGUUUGCAAUAGAGUUUUCAGACAAUGGGAGUGGACUUCAAAUGGUGGUGUUUGUAAUAGAGGUACUAGAAUCAUAAUAGGUUGGAACAGUGAUUUGGUGGAUCUUAUGGUUCUGGCCCAAACGGAUCAAGUCGUGCAUGUCAAACUCAAGUCAAUAGCUCUGGACACUCGUGUGUUUGUGUCUUUUGUUUAUGCGAAGAAUACUUAUCAGGAGCGUAGGGAUUUAUGGCGUGAUUUGAUGAUGCAUAAGUUGGUUGUUAAUAACCAGCCGUGGAUUGUCCUAGGGGACUUUAAUUCGGCCCUCUACUUGGAUGAUGUUUUACAUGGCUCGUCUAAUCCGACUAUAGGGAUGAGGGAUUUCUUCGAGUGUGUUCAACAGACGGAGCUUCUUGAUAUCCCCGGGCAUGGGCUUCACUUUACGUGGAACCAAAAGCCAAGGGAAGGGAUCGGUAUCCUUAAGAAGAUAGAUCGGGUUAUGGGGAAUCUGGAUGAUAUCCACCGUCAAAUUGAUCUUAAGCCGUUUGACGUUUCGCUUCGGGACAAUGAAACUGAACUUAUAAAAAAGUUCCAUAUUGCUUCUUAUGAUGAGGAAUCUUUUUUAAAACAAAAGGCUAAGCUGGAAUGGCUAAGUGCGGGAGAUGGCAAUACAUCUUUCUUUCACAAUUUUGUUAAAAGUAGGAACGCCAGGAAUAAAAUCCACUUGAUUCGAGAUGCUAAUGGUAUCCAGCAUGAAGGAGUGGAUGUUGAGAAAGCAUUAGUUGAUCACUAUGCUAAUUUCUUGGGUAUUGAAGCUGAAGUGGAAGAGUUAAACAUGGACGGCCUCUUUGUGAACACCGUUAAUCCGGAACUCGCUGAUCACAUGAUUCGGCCAGUGACUCGUGAGGAAGUCAAGGCGGCUAUGUUCAGUAUUGCUGAUAACAAGGCCCCGGGUCCUGAUGGAUAUACUUCGGUGUUUUUUAAGAAAGCUUGGGAUGUAGUUGGUGAUGAAGUUUCGACUGCAAUUCUUCAAUUUUUUGAGAAUGGUAAACUGCUUCAGCAGGUAAACCAUACAAUAAUUGCCUUGAUUCCCAAAGUCUCUACUCCCGCUUCGGUUUUGGAGUAUAGACCGAUAUCUUGUUGCAAUGUCAUUCUUAAAUGCAUAAGUAAGAUCUUGUCGGAGAGAAUUAAAGGUAGUUUGGGUAGCUUGGUUGACAUCAGCCAAUCGGCUUUUAUUCCGGGCAGGAAAAUCUCGGAUAAUAUCCUUCUUACGCAGGAGCUUAUGCACAACUAUCAUUUACAUAAGGGGAAGCCGAGGUGUGCCUUUAAAAUUGAUAUCCAGAAAGCAUACGACACUGUCAGCUGGAAGUUUCUUAAAUCUAUCCUAACCAGGUUUGGAUUCCCUCCUAAAAUGGUGGGAUGGAUUAUGACGUGUGUCUCUACCGUGUCGUUUUCUCUUUGCAUUAAUGGGAAUCUUUGUGGUUACUUCAAAGGGAGGAGGGGGCUUAGACAGGGUGAUCCUAUAUCCCCCUAUCUAUUUACUUUAGUCAUGGAGGUUCUUUCUUUAUUAUUACAUAAGGCAGCCGAUGAUCAUCCUGCUUUUUGGUACCAUGAUAAGUGUAAGCUUCAGAAGAUUAUUAAUGUGUCCUUCGCUGAUGACUUGUUCAUUUUUGCUAAUCCGGAUUUGGUGUCCAUUCGUAUUAUGAGGGAUGCGUUGGAGUUGUUCACGAGAACUUCGGGUCUUAACCCGAAUUUAGCUAAAAGCACGGUUUUUUUCAGCAAUGUUUCGGCUCAGAUGAAGCAAGCGAUUUGCUCCUUUCUUCCGUUUCAAGAGGGAGAGCUCCCUGUUAAGUACUUGGGAGUUCCGCUGAUUUCAACCAAGCUUUCCUCGAAGGACUGCAAAAUUCUAGUGGAUCGAGUUGACAAGAAAAUUGAUCAUUGGUUAAACAAGUCUCUUUCUUUUGCAGGAAGGCUCCAACUUAUUAAUUCGGUUAUUUCGGCUAUGCAUGUAUACUGGGCAUCUGUUUUUAUGCUUCCGGUCCGUAUAGUUACAGACAUUGAAAAGCGUAUGCGUAAUUUUCUUUGGAGUGGUGGAGUGGCUAAGGGUUCUACUCCGAAAGUUGCUUGGAAGAAUGUUUGCCUUCCAAAAUCCAAAGGCGGCCUGGGUAUUAGAAGAAUUCAUGACUCGAAUAAAGCGCUUCUUACUAGUCACGUGUGGAGUAUUCUUACUAAGCGGGAUUCUCUCUGGGUAAGAUGGGUUCAUUCGUACAGGAUCAAAGGGAGAAACUUUUGGGAGCUUCCUUUUCGUGGUAGUAUGACAUGGGGGUGGAGAAAAAUGUUGUCUAUCCGGUCCUUUAUUCGUCCGUUCAUUUGGUUCUUGAUUCGUGAUGGUACGGAGGCUAAUGCUUGGAAUGACAACUGGUGUGCUUAUAGCCCUUUGCGGGAUUUCAUUACCCCUAGACGAAUUCAUGGGGCGGGGUUUAGCAUGCGAUCUUCAGUGUCAGAUCUCAUUGAUACUCAUAAUGGGUGGAAGUGGCCGAUUGCUUGGUUUGACCUUUAUCCAGUUUUGAUUAAUUUAAUGCCUCCGAAUAUUGUUCAUAAUGUUCCUGAUAAACUCGUGUGGAAGAAUAGGCAGGGCAACGUCUCAGAAUUCAGUGCUAGUGAGGCUUGGGAGAGCAUUCGGGUGCGCGGUGAGGAGGUGGAUUGGGUUAACUUGGUUUGGUACGGUCAGAGUAUUCCGAGACAUUCUUUCCACUUGUGGCUUGUUAUUAAGAAUAAGCUAAAAACCCAGGAUCAAAUGGGAGUUUGGGAUGCAGGAAGUGCAACUAAUUUAAAUCUUAUGUGGUGCCCUCUAUGCAAUCAGGGUAAGGAUUCUCGGGACCAUUUAUUUUUUCGAUGCUCCUAUGCUUUGCAAGUGUGGAAUCGGGUGAAGGAAAUGGCUUAUAUGGAUUCGGUUGAUGAAAAUUGGGAUUCCAUUAUUGCUUGGCUUUCUCAACAUGCUAUUAAUAAUUCAGCGAAAAGCAUUGUCAGUAAGUUGGUGGUUGCGGCUUCGUCUUAUUUCAUAUGGCAAGAAAGAAACAACAGGCUGUUUUCUAGAACUCAGCGAAAUGCAACAGUGAUCGCAAACAUUGUUCUUCAUACAGUUCGCCUAAAGCUGAUGACUUUCAAGGCUGGGAAAGGUAUGAAACACCCGCUGAUGCUAGAAAGAUGGAAGUUCCAAGUGAAGGCGCUAAGUAUUGAUCCGGGCUAG